UUUCUGAUCAGGUCUUACUCUAUACACUCUCCAACAUUCUUCCCAUUCUCCAGUAUAUCUAUUGCCAGGACUCGCCCUUAAAGAAUGGCGUCGAGCUCAAUGUCAUCCACUGGUUCAUGGAGUGCCCAGGAGAACAAAGCCUUCGAAAGGGCUCUUGCAGUUUAUGACAAGGACACUCCUGAUCGUUGGUACAAUGUUGCCAGGGCUGUCGGUGGAAAAUCACCAGAAGAGGUGAAGAGGCACUAUGAGAUGCUGGUCCGGGACAUUCAGCAUAUAGAAUCUGGGAGAGUGCCCUUCCCCAAUUACAAGAAAAGUGUGGGCUUUGAUGACCAAAAAAGGCUGAAAAACCUGCAGCUCCGGUGAACCAUCAGUGACAACGAAGAUUCUGAUUGUCUCGUAAUUGCAUAUACUAGCACUUGGUGUUAUGUGGCAUAA